AUGGACCGCCACUCCUCGUCCGACCCGUCUGCUGCGGGCGUCAGUGGAGGCCCGCCAAGCUCGCCGCGCUUCUACUGCCCCGAGUGCAGUCGCGGCUACAAGGCCGUCGAGACUCUGAAUCGGCAUCGCAAGAACCACUCCAGCAGCAAUGAUCACGUGUGCCGCAUAUGCCAGGCCGGCUUCAAGCGCAAGGACCUGCUCGACCGCCACAUGCAGAUCCACGAGCGCAGUUCGUCGCGAGAGGCCUCAAAGCCCCGUCGGCGGGACAACCGCGCCUGCGUGCGGUGCUCCCAGCUCAAAAUCAAGUGCGAUCGCCUCGUACCUUGCACCAGAUGUGCUCGUGGCGACUAUCGCUGCCAGUACAGGGAUCGAGAUCGCGCGAUAUCCGACGCCUCGACUAGGUUGUUCCCCGGCACCCCCCUCUCGCCACCAAAGAGCUCGUUCGGCAUGCCCAGUGAAGCUGGCCAAGCCAUUGGUCCCUUCCCCACAGGAGGCGUGGGCCCCUUCCCGAGUUCUAACGUGACAUCUCCGGCUCAAAUGCUGAAUGCGGACGCUUCGCACCAGAUGGACUGGACGCCUGAAUUGGCCCUGUCUUCUGCAUGGACGGGCGAGCUCUGGUCCCAAAACGCGGCGUGGCCAUGGCUACACGAAGCGAUGUAUCUCUCACAGGAUCCAGGAUGGGAUGACCAAUCUCAGCUCCUAACGCCUGAGACGACUGCUACCCUCCAGACCAGAAUGCCAGAAACGGCUCAACCAUCUACUUCUUCGCACGAGCCUGGCAUGUCCAAUUGUCCUUUUGAGCUUGAUAAGGUCAUCUCCGCUUCCACAGGCACCACCACACCCCUAUCAAACACUCGUACUUCCGGCGCGCUCGAUGAAGAUGGGACGCCAGUGGAGGGCCAUCUUGCUCAGGAGCAGACGAAAGCGUGGCUCAUACACAAAUGUUUUGAGUUGCCAGAUUCGGCAGAUGGCAUCUGUGAGCGUGCUCGGUUUUGGCGAGUCGCUGCCAUCAAAGUAGAACAAGCCUUCGACCUACAAGGGAUACUACCCGCGGAUGGGCCAUCUGGUCACAUCUUUGAAUACUUCAUCAAACUCUUUCUGGAAAACUUCCAUCCCCUUUGGCCUAUGUUCUGGAGGCACGAUCUUGCCUUCAACGACAUACAUCCUCAUUUGUACAUUACCCUUAGUGCAAUCGGUGCAGUCUACGCUAGCAAGGCAGCUGCAAACUUCCAUCUUCAAAUGUUAGACGGCCUGCGUAUGGCCUUCGUUAUGGCCAGCUUCAAACAGUCUCUUCCCGAUGAGUCUCUUUGCCAGUCUCUUGUUCAGAUCCAGUCCGCAACCCUUUAUUUCGGACAUCGCAGGGCCUUCUCAACUGCCCAGCAACUUGGCAGUAUCGUUGUUUCUCUCGCCCGAAAGAUGAAUCUCUUCGGCGAGAGCGAGGAUAUCAUUCCCGCUUUAACUGAACGCAAGAAUUCUGGGAAGCCAAUCGAUGAUUUGGUCCGACGAUGGAUCAGGUGCGAAUCUCGCAAACGUCUCGCGUUUGGUAUCCUCCGAUUGGAGGUCUUCAUUAGCAUCCUGCUCGGCACGCGUCCUUUGGUGUCGUUUGAGGAAAUCAAAAUGCGCCUCCCCUGCCCAAAUACGUUGUUCGAUCAAUGCGGAGGAGAGCAACAACUAGCGCAAGAGCUCUUACACCUAGCGGACGAGCAGCCUUCGUACGUGUACUGCGAUCUAGUUAACAUAGCACUAGAACAAGAGGAGGAGCUACCGGUACUCUCCCCACAUCACUUGGAAUUGCUCCUCUUCGGCUUAAAUAUUCAAGUCUGGCGCUUCAGUCACGACCCAGGUCUUAUGUCUCGACUUGGCGCGACUCCAAACUCCAGCGAUCGCUCUACCUCAGAACGCUCAUACGAUACUUCUAACGAGCGGUCGUCAGCGAAAACUGGCCGCAUCGAUUUGCUAGAUCAUUCUCGUCGUCAUAUGAGCGAUCUGCGGAACGAUUACAACAGGAUCUUGAGCGCUCUGAGAAAAUGGAAGCGGGCCAUGGUAGCUAACUCGACCCGUUUGCAUAUAGCACAUCAUCGCGACACACUUCUAGCAAGCCACCUCCUCUACAACCUCAGCUUCAUACAGUUGCGAUCAGAUCUUCCUACAAUUCACCGACUGUUUCUCGAUGUCGUAAAAGGAGAACCCCAAUACUCGUCCCUCGAAGCCGUUUACCAAUGGUCGACAAGUACAGACGCAUGGGAUGCGACCGAACAUGCGUGCGCUACUUGGUCUUUGAUCAUGACGGAAGCAGAGCGCCCGCUGGAUAGUCGCGCCAGCUUCAACAUUCUCUCUAACGUUGCGCUGCUUCACGCUGCUGUUAUUGUGUGGGCCUAUGCGGGCACGCAUACAUCGCCGACAUCCGCCAAGCUAAACAUGGAGGACUCGGCUGCUACUCAUGGUAAAGACCUCAGGCUCUAUCGCGCGAACAACGAAGAGCUUAUGGGGCGCUUUGCUAGCCUUUUGAGGAAGAUUAGCCUCGUCUGGACGACGGUGACUUCAGUGCAAACGACUGUAUAUGCCAUGGCACAGAAUCCUAUCCCUUUCCAACCAUGA